AUGGGUGUCGCGAAGAGGACUCGCAAGUUUGCGACGACCAAGAGAAUAAUCGGCCAGCGCGAUGCAAGACUAAAGAAGAACCAGAUGGCCGGCGAGACAGAAGCCAAGAAGAAAGAGGAAGAGAACAAAGCAAAGCGAGAAAUUCCGCAAGUCUCGUCUGCGCUCUUCUUCCAGGCCAACACGGCCCUCGGCCCGCCCUACUCGGUGCUCGUCGACACAAACUUCCUGUCGCACACGGUGCACGCCAAGCUGGAGCUCGACAAGGCGCUCAUGGACCUGCUAUACGCCAAAGCCACGCCCAUCAUCACCACGUGCGUCAUGGCCGAGCUGGAGAAGCUCGGCCCAAAGUACCGCAUUGCCCUGCGCAUUGCCCGCGACGAGCGCUGGCAGCGCCUCAAGUGCGACCACAAGGGCACCUAUGCCGAUGACUGCAUCGUCGACCGCGUCCAGAAACACAGAAUCUAUCUUGUCGCUACAAACGAUCGCGAUCUCAAGAGGAGGAUAAGGAAGAUUCCUGGUGUGCCUAUUGUUAGUGUUGCAAAGGGCAAGUAUGUUAUCGAGAGGUUGCCCGAUGUGCCUGACAGCCAUUAA